UUUAAAAAAAAAAACAAAAAAAGAUUUAUAGAUUAUUUUCAAAAUAGAUGGAUACAACAAACGCCCCAUAAAUUAUUGAACAUUAAACAUAAUCUUUAACUUUUACACCUCAUGAUGUAAAAUGGAUUCCCUCAUCUGCUAAAUUUGUAUUAAGUGGAUAACUUCCAAAAGCAACAGGCACAAUUUAAGUACAUAAAUUAUCUAAAAACGAGACCAAAUGCAUUAGAGAUAUACAACAUCCCAAAGGAAUAAAAUGUAGUACAUUUGGAGCAUGCUUACCAGGAAAACAAGAUUUAGCAUUUGGUGAUUUUAGCGGAGAAUUAAACAUCGUAGACUUAGAAACAGGAAAAAUUUACUACAGUGUAAAAGCCCAUUAAAGUUUAGUUAAUUCAAUUGACGGAAUAGGAGGUUAAGAUAUUGGAUAUGGUGCCCCAGAAAUAGCCACAGCAGGAAGAGAUGGUUGUAUAAGAGUUUGGGAUCCAAGAUAACGUACUCAUGUAUUAUCUUUAGAGCCUAUAGACAAGGAAUCUCCUCCUGAUGCUUGGUGUGUUUCAUUUGGAAAUAGUUAUAAUAAUGAUGAGAGGGUUUUAGCUGCUGGAUAUGAUAAUGGAGAUUUGAAAUUUUUCGAUUUAAAAACCAAUUAACUUUUAUGGGAUAGUAAUUUGAAAAAUGGUGUUGUAGGAGUAGAAUUUGACCGAAAAGAUAUUAUCAUGAAUAAAGUUGUGGCUACUACCCUUGAAGGUAAAUUCCAUGUACAUGAUAUGAGAACUCUACAUCCAGAAAGUGGGUAUGCUUAAUUAUAAGAUAAAGCUUUUGCAGCCACUAUUUGGGGGGCUAGGCAUUUACCUUAAAAUAGAGAUAUUUUUGCACUAAUGGGAGGAAAUGGAGCUAUUAAUUUAUAUAAAUAUAAUUAUCCAAAUGAAAGAUAAGUUAAAGAUUCAGAAGGAAGAUUUAGAGGAAUUAUGGGUUCAGUGGAUAUUCUUAAUUCGAGAGAUAUUUGUUAAUAACCGGUUAAUGGAUUUGAUUGGAAUAAAGAAAAAGCUGGUCUUGCUGUACUUUGUGGUUUAGAUUAAACUUGUAAAGUUAUUAUUUGUACAAAACUAAAUCUUUAUUGA